UCACGCGAAAUGACUAAAAUAUCCAAUUUCUUAGCGCCAUAACUUCUCCCUCAUGCCAAGUUGCCGACUCUAAAAUCAGCUUACCCAAUCCUCCUCUUCAUCAUGUUGUACCGUCAAGUUAAAACUAUGACUAUUAAGAUCGCAGUCAACUUAUACUAAAUGUACAAUCAUCUCAAGCCCAAAAUUGAAAUUGAUAAAAUAAAUCGAAAAACCAUUUUCAAUGAUGAUCACUACGUACAAGUUUCCAUCCUGUUUCGCCGUUUACCUUACAUAUAUGUGUGUGUAUAUACUGUAAAAGCAAACUCACAAUAUCGAACUCACUUUGCUCCGGCGAAGAAAUUGGGCGCAAUUUUAGUUGAUUUCUAGAAUUCGGUGAUGGGAUUCAAUAAAGUUUACAAGUCAUUGCAGGAAAUUUUCCCACAGAUUGAUGCUCGAGCUCUUAGAGCUGUAGCUAUUGAGCAUAGCAAGGAUGCUGAUGCAGCUGUUGAAGCUGUGCUUGUGGAGAUUAUACCUUUCUUUUCUGAACGGUCUAGACCAAGUACCCCUUCGACUGGGAGCAUUGCUGUUGGAGAACCAUCAGGAGGUGCUAUUGCCACAGUUCAAACUGCGGAUUGCACAUCUAUGAAUGGUGCAGCAGGCUCAACUAAUGCCCAAAACGGUUAUAUUGCGAAUGUUGGGUAUCAACAGUCCUUUAGAGAUGUUAAUGAUGGCCAUAUGGAAAACUUAUCUGAUACAAAUGUUGGACAUCGUGAAGGAGAGGGCGUUCUGGCUGAAUUGACAUUGUCUGGAAGCAUACAUGAUAACAACAUUCAAUUGAAGACUGAUAUUUUCUCUCAUGAUGAAGUUGUUCAUUUGACUAAUAAGGAUGGGGCAAAUGCUCUUCAAAUCGAAGCGUCAGUAGAACCCAAAACAGAUAACACAACUUCAGAUAGCAGCAUCAAACUUGCAUCUGAUGAUGCAUGUCAUACAGUGGGAACCUCGCAAGGAAAGGAUGCGGGAAGCAUUCAAGAUGUGAAUAUCUUAGGAGAUGGGUCAAACUCGAGGUGCUUGGAGACUGAGUUCGAUAAACCUACCAAUAACGAAUGUGAUCAGGGAAAGCCUUAUGGAGAUGACAAGAUUUGUGCGAUUGGACCUGUUUCAUUUAUUGUUCAUGAUCUAACAGUAAGCCUUCCAGAAAAGCCUGGAAAUAAUUCUGAGGUAUUAGAUGUGAAGUUGCCUUGUAAUAGUGAUACCAAGAUGGAAUCUGCUAGCAACAUUGUAGACUCUGAUUAUGAGUCUACCUUGAAUGGCUCCAUGUCUCAAUCUAGCCAAAUCCAUAUGAUUGAUGCUCUUGCAAAUAUUAUAGCUGAUGCAAGAAAUAAUAAGAAAAUGUUGUUCUCAGCAAUGGACUCUGCUAUAAGUUUGAUGAGGGAAGUUGAGCUUAAAGAGAAAGCUGCAGAACAAGCCAAAGUGGAAGCUGCUAUGGGCAGAACAGAUAUACUGAUUAAAUCUGAAGAGCUCAAACAAAUGGUGAAACUGGCAGAGGAAACAAAUUCAAUGCAUGCUGGGGAAGUGUAUGGCGAGAAGGCCAUCCUAGCAACUGAGUUGAGAGAGCUUCAGUCUCGGGCACUCUCAUUGUCAGUUGAAAGAGACAAAUAUCUUGCUGUUCUUGAUGAGAUGCAACAAACCUUGGAGGUGCGAUUAACUGAGGCUCAGAAUGUAAUAAAAUCUGCCGAGCUAGAAAAAACAGAAAAGGAAAAUGCUGCAAUGAAAGCCCUUACUGAGCAAGAAUUGAUUAUGGAGAAAGUGUUGCAAGAGUCAAAGAUCCUAAACCAACAGGCAGAAAAUAAUGCCAAGUUGCGGGAAUUUCUUGUGGACCGUGGCCGUGCCGUAGAUACGUUGCAAGGAGAAAUAUCUGUUAUAUGUCAUGAUGUUCGGAUGCUAAAGGAAACGUUGGAUGAGCAUAUUCCAUUUAGCAAGUCGCUCUCAUCGAGCCAGACGAGUUGCAUCUUAGCUUCGUCUGCUUCAUCUUCAAAAAGUUCGACUCCGGAGCAGAUGGAAGGAGCUGAUCCACUGGACAAGAAAGGUACGACUUCUGAAAGCACAUCUCAAGAUGAAGCUGCUGGGAAUGAUCACAAGGCACUUUCAGACGACGAGUGGGAAAUGUUUGAUCCUGAUAUGCUUUCUUGAGUUUGCAUAUCUUCUUGUUAAUUAGCUUUUAAGAUUAUGUGGAACCUUAAACGCCGGGAAAUUAGGCGAUUGUGCCUACACUUUGUUCGUAUAUAAUAUAUGAUGAUAAAACGAAAAUGUUAUGUCAAA